GUCAAAGAAACUCAGACUGCCUCUCUCUCAGUGAGUGAGUUCAGGAAAAUGGCCGAGGCCAGUGUUUCAGCAGAUCAGUUUUCAGUUGAUCAGUUCAUUUGUCCAGUAUGUUUGGAUCUCCUGAAGGAUCCGGUGGCUAUUCCCUGUGGUCACAGUUUCUGUAAGGUGUGUAUUAAUGGCUGCUGGGAUCAGGAGGAUCAGAAGGGCGUCUACAGCUGUCCUCAGUGCAGAGACACUUUCACACCAAGGCCUGUUCUACGCAGAAACAACAUGCUGGCUGAAGUGGUGGAGAUACUGAAGAAGAAGACUGAAGUCCAAGCUGCUUUUCCUGCUCACUGUUAUGCUGGACCUGGAGAUGUGGAGUGUGAUUUCUGCACAGAGAGAAAACACAAAGCCGUCAAAUCCUGCCUGACGUGUCUGGCCUCCUUUUGUGAAACUCAUCUAAAACCUCACUAUCAUGUUCCUGCAUUUAAGACGCACAAAAUAACAGAAUCUUCUGUAAAACUACGAGAGAAGAUCUGCUCUGAACAUGAUGAAGUGCUGAAGAUCUACUGCCGUACUGAUCAAACCUGUAUUUGCUCCAUGUGCAUGUUGGAUAAACAUAAAGGCCAUGACGCUGUAACAGUUGCAGCAGAAAAAGCUGAGAAACUGAGUGAGUUAAAGGAGGAGCAGAUGAAAUCCCAGCAGAGAAUCCAGGAGAAGCAGAAGAAGGUGCAGGAGCUGAAACAGGCUUUGAACACUAUAAAGCUGAGUGCACAGACAGCAGUGGAGGACAGUGAGAGGAUCUUUACUGAGCUGAUUAGCUCCAUGGAGAAAAAGCGCUCGGAGGUGAUGGAGCUGAUCAGAGCUCAGGAGAAGGCUGAACUGAGUCGAGCUGAACGACUCCUGGAGCAACUGGAGCAGGAGAUUGCUGAUCUCCAGAGGAGACUCACUGAGCUGGAGCAGCUUUUACACACACACGAUCACAUCCAGUUCCUCCAGGCUUUAGCUUUUGGACGUCAGUCUUCUCCAAUGGACAAACCAUCAUUUCAGUCAUCCAUCAUCAGUGUCCAUCAACAUCUCUCAUUUGAUGGAGUGAGGAAUUCUCUCUCAGAUCUGAAGAAGAGACUCGAAGAACUCUGUGAGGAGGAAUUUAACAAAAUCCCUCCACAUGCUGCAGCUGUUCAGAUGUUUUUAGCACCAGAGCCACAAAGCAGAGAAGAGUUUUUGAAAUAUUUCUAUUAUCUGACUCUGGAUCCCAACACGGCACAUCGUAACCUCAUUCUGUCUGAGAAGAACAGAGUGGUGAGAUACAGUGAGAGAGAGCAGCAGUACUCUGAUCAUCCAGAGAGAUUUGAUUCCAUGUGGCAGGUGUUGUGUAAGGAGAGUGUGUGUGGACGCUGUUACUGGGAGGUGGAGUGGAGCGGUGUUGUGUACAUAUCAGUCUCAUAUAAAAACAUCAUUAGGAAAGGAUGGGGUGAUGAGUGUGUGUUUGGACUCAACAAUCAAUCUUGGAAUCUCUUGUAUUCUUUUCCCUCUCUCUCUUUCUGUCACAACAACAUUAAGACUGAUCUCAGAGCUCUAUCAUCCUCCAGAAUAGGAGUGUAUGUGGAUCACAGUGCAGGAACUCUGUCCUUCUACAGCGUCUCUGACAAGAUGAAGCUCCUCCACAGAGUCCGCACCACAUUCACCCAGCCUCUGUACGCUGGGUUUAGACCCUAUUGUAAUGUGAGAUUGUGUGACCCAGAAUAAAGUUUGUAAUGUUUUGUGUAAAAUUCCUUCACAAUGUCACAUUUUUGGUUAGUCUUCAGUUUCACUAGCACACAAUUCUGCUGCACAAACACAGCUCAGUAAAUUAACUUAGCAACAAUUAAAGAGCAUUAUUAACAUUAAAUAUCAAGCAUGAAAGUAGGAAAAACACACAAUAAGGAAAUAUUUAUUUAUAUAUUUAUAACUCUAGAUUUAUAGUGUUAUAUCUGGGUAAAGAGCAAGUAUGAGAUUUGACACAUCAGAGUUUGAACACUGUAGCUUGCAAAACCCUAAAGUGCUGAAAUUUUACUUUUGAGCUUACCAAGGUUUAGGGUCACUUCACAUUUACAUUAUUAAAACCUUCAAACAAUUAGAAAGUGAUUUAUUAAAUUUGAUCUAACACACAGUGUGUUCUAACACACUCUUUACCACUUUUCCACACUCUCCGUUGCUCUAGACCAUUGAAUUUAAAGAAUUUAAAGUCAAUUUUUCAGAGCGUACCUCCACCUCUCUAGAUUUUCCUCUACCUGUUCCCUGCUCUCACUAUAAAGCACAAUGUCAUCUGCAAACAUCAUUGUCCAUGGAGACCUUAUCUAACUUCAUCUGUCAUCCUGUCCAUACCAUUGCAAACAGGAAGGGGCUCAGAGCCAAUCCUUGAUGCAGAACCACCUUCUACAUUCCUGCCUUAAAGACCAAACUUGUCCAUCACAUUCUCAUCACCUCUGUUCUAAUUCUCUUGCAUGAUGAUUAUAAUUUGGGUAAUAACAAAAAAAAACAAACA